AAAAUUACAAUGUGCAGGGAAAAUAGACUUAAUUGUAACAAAUGUAUGUGUGUGUUUCAAUAGGAGGCUGUAGGUUCAUUUUUUUUGACUGUUAAUUAUAAUUACUGGCUUUAGGUGAAAUUCCUACUAAAAUUUGACACAAACUGCUAGAUUUACAUAAUACUGUAUAUAUACAUAUACUUGUAAGUGCCAUCUGUUUUCUGUGCCUUUUCAGUGAACCUUAGAUCCUGAUUUACCAAGUCUAAGAGAGCUGAACUUUGUCUGGUCUGAAGUCACUUAGUGGGAUAAUAUUCUCUGUAUUCCAGACAGUAUCUGGCAUAAGUCAGCAAUGUGUAAGGGGUGGAGGUAGAAUUUGCAUAAGCUUUGAGCAGUUCAUGAUUAACACAGCAGAUACAAUAAAGCUGAAUAACUCAGUUGCUGUUAUAUUCCAUCACCACUGAUAUUUCCUCUUACAGUAUUUCUACCCAUCUUGCAAGGUAUUCUGGUGAUGAAAGCAACACCUAAGAAGCAAUAACUAAGGAUGAAAGAUUUCCUCUUCUUGAGAAAAUCCUCAGUUACUUAGCCCCUUAGGAUGAGAUGAUGUUUUCUGCAGUGCAUUUAUUUAUUUAAUUUUUAGAGCCAGGCAACAAGACAAAGACAUGGUUCCCUGUUUUGUAGAAUCUGAAUGCAGUUAUUGGAGAAUGAGCAGGUCAGAAUUAAUUUUUUUAAAAGUUGUUUUAUACAUUUCAGUGGUAUAUCAUCUUUGACACUGAGUUUUCUGCUGUGUUUUGAGGAUGAUGGAACCUGUAGAAGGAAUGAGGAAGAGAGCCUAAUGUGUCCAUAGUUUAGUCUGCCCUGUGCAAGUUUAACUUCCCACUUGAGUUUUAAAUUUCAGAAUGCUCUUGUUAUAGGCAAGUGGAGAAACACACCUACACAAUUUUGUGGGUUUUAUCCCUGAAACAUUUGACAGCUGUUAAGGGCCAGGUCUCUUGUGUACUUAGUUGUCACAGCUGAUAGGGGAAGUGUCUGAAUGUUGAAAUGCGUGGUUGGAGAAAGCAAGUUCCCCUUUGGUGUGAUGAUAUCCAGCAUCAGGAGGUUAUACCUCAUGUUUGGUAUAAAAUAAUACAAUGUAAUCCUUGCUGUUCAGAAUACUUGCUUCAUAGAACUAUCUGUGCCAUGAAAAGGCAGGAGGGAAGAAGGUUCUAGUAAUAUGAAAGUCUCAGUGAUCUUGUGGCAUUGUGGUUAGCAAAAUGCAGUUUGCAUUCCUUUUUUUUUUAAGGCAUAGUUGUCAAGAAGAGAUUGUAGGCUAUAAUUGAUUUUAUUUCCUUUUUUUUUGGUGACCUAAAUUCAUUAGUAACUCUGCUGAAAUAUUCAACUGCUUAGUCUAGAUACUGCUAAAGAGUAAACAAGACACAGAACUCAUGGAAACAGCAGAGGUGUCAGGAGAAGCAAAUGAAACUCAGAUUUCGGAAGCACUGAAGCGUUACAGUGAACGGGCCUUCUUUGUGAGAGAAGCACUCUUUCAUUUAUUCAGCCUGACACAUGUAAUGGAAAAAACUAAACCUGAAAUUUUAAAGCUGGUGGUGAUCGGCAUGAGGAACCACCCCCUGAACCUGCCCGUGCAGCUGGCGGCGAGCGCCUGCGUCUUCAACCUCACCAAGCAGGACCUGGCGGCCGGGAUGCCCGUGCGGCUCCUGGCAGACGUCACUCACCUGCUCCUCAAGGCCAUGGAGCACUUCCCAAACCACCAGCAGCUGCAAAAGAAUUGCCUUCUUUCACUAUGCAGUGACAGAAUCCUCCAGGAUGUCCCAUUUAACAGGUUUGAAGCAGCCAAACUUGUUAUGCAGUGGCUGUGUAAUCACGAGGAUCAAAACAUGCAAAGGAUGGCUGUAGCCAUAAUUUCCAUUCUUGCUGCAAAGCUUUCAACAGAGCAAACAGCUCAACUCGGUGCAGAACUCUUCAUUGUUAGGCAACUUCUACAAAUAGUUAAACAGAAAACAAAUCAGAAUCUUGUAGAUACCACCCUCAAGUUCACACUGAGUGCACUUUGGAACCUCACAGAUGAAUCUCCAACAACGUGUCGGCACUUUAUUGAAAACCAAGGGCUAGAACUUUUCAUGAGAGUCUUAGAGUCUUUUCCAUCUGAAUCAUCCAUCCAACAGAAAGUUCUUGGACUUCUGAAUAACAUAGCUGAAGUUAAAGAACUCCAUUCUGAAUUAAUGUGGAAGGAUUUCAUAGACCACAUCAGUAAAUUGUUGCACAGUGUGGAGGUGGAAGUCAGCUACUUUGCAGCAGGGAUUAUUGCUCAUCUGAUAUCUCGAGGAGAGCAGGCCUGGACAUUAAGUCGCAGCCAGAGGACAUCUCUCCUUGAACAGCUGCAUGCUGCCAUUUUGAAUUGGCCAACCCCAGAAUGUGAGAUGGUGGCAUACAGGUCUUUCAAUCCAUUUUUUCCACUGCUUGGCUGUUUCAUGACACCUGGUGUCCAGUUAUGGGCAGUGUGGGCCAUGCAGCACGUCUGCAGCAAAAAUCCUGCCAGAUACUGCAGCAUGUUAAUUGAAGAAGGUGGUUUGCAGCAUUUGUACAACAUCAAGGAAAAUGUCCACACUGAUCCCCAUGUCCAAAGGAUUGCUGUUGCCAUCCUGGAUAGUUUAGAAAAACACAUUAUGCGCCAUGGGAGACCACCACCGUGUAGAAAACAGCAACAAACCAAACCAAACUGAAAGCUGCAGGUAGAGGAGUGUAAAGUAUUGUCUCUGUAAUAAUCCUCUCUGAUAUGUGUGUAGCUGGAGUAACUUAUAAUAUAUUGGUCACCAUUAAAGUGAUUUGCUGGUAACUGUGGUACCCAAGCCAUGUGUGGUAACCUUGCUGAACGUCACCUUAAUGGCAACCUCGUACACAACUUGUAAAGGGUCACAGCUUGAGCUGGUCAUGCCUGUAGGGUUAGUGCUGGCUACCAGGAGAUGGGACUUGUACAGAUCAAUUUGCACAGCUGGUAAGAAGACUUCAAGGAGUAUCUUGUUUUGUGACUUCUGGGAGAAAAGGCUAUUCCAUCCUUGUGAUUGUUCAUAACACUGUUCACCAGUUUGGUGUUUGAAUAAAACUGUGUGUGAUUGUGAGAUCAACACUUACAGACUAAAACAAAAGUCCAUGCAUGCAGGUGACAGAGAGACUUGUAACUAAGGCGACCAAAAUGUCCACUGUCUCAUAACCCUUCUAGACACAAAUGGAGUCUUCAUCUUCCUUUUCCUUUUGCCUGCAGACCAUGUUCUUUUGUUUUCCUUACUGCUGGGAUGAUGCCUUUUUAUAGUUCAUUUCUCCAGAGUCCUCUAUGCUCCUGUCAAGGUGGGGACCAGCAUCACAUUCAGGGAAAGGGGAAACCCACUGAAGUAAAGCAGUAAAAACAGAACUAAAAUGAGACAGUACUAAAAGGAUGUCUGAGAAUUUGAAUUUUAUAACAAGAACGGGGUUUUGUUGUGUGACUACUUCUGGUUGUGUGUGGUAUCUUUCUUUUGUUUUUGGAAUACUGAUGGGGAUAGGAGAAGGCUCAUAAGAGCAAAAUAACUGACAUGACUUCAUCGUGGAGGGGGUUGCAUGUACUCAUAGAAGGCUGGGAUAUUUGGUCACCUUAUUUAUAAGAGACUAAUGAUUGCUCUUAUUUUCUGUAAAUAUUCUGUCAGUAUUGUGCAGUGAAUUAUAUUUCCAAGCCAUCACAGUGAGUGCAAAAUAUCGCCCAAUGUUCUGUGUAAGCCCUUGUGUCAGUUGCAUUGUUUUGUGGAGUGUGAAAUUUUACAUAAAGAUGCUAAUUGUAACAACUUAUUUCUUUCUUGGUUACCUUUGGGUGUCAAACCAUGUGUUGAAUGAAACAUAUUGCACAGUGUACAGAUGCCUGAUACAAUGCAAGCGAUGGAAGCAAACUGCAUGUCCAUUCAAAUUCAAUUUAAUUUCAGGUGUUGUUUUUGUUUAUCUGCUUAGUCUCCAUAUUUCCAUGGCAACUGAUUGAUAUUCAGAGACUCUUCUGUAAAUAUUGGGUAAUUGAAUUUAAAAAGAAAACUUAUGUUUGGUAGCUUACUAGCAGAAAUGGCUUCUUCAUGAUGACCAUAUUUUACUAUUUUUAAUCCUUUCCCUCCCAACUCUCAUCCAUGACAUGAAAACACCACCUCUAAUCUUCAAUAACCUAAUUAAUAUGUAUUUCAGUGACUUCAAAAGGUACUGAUCCAGUAAUUUAAUCAGUGUUGUGUAAUUGUUUUUUGUACAAGAGUAUAAUUUUGGCUGGCAUCAUUUUCAUCUGUGGAUCUGGUUAUAUAAAGUUUUCUCAAUUCCAACAGAAAUUCAGCUGGCUGUAGCUUUGAAUUAUGAAGGUGGUUUAAAAAUUAAGAACAGCCUACAGGCUUUGACACACCACCCUUCUAAGAUGUCUGCUAUGGAAUUUCCAUUACAUGAAAAGGAACACAAAACUUGUCAAAAUUGGUGUCAAUAGAAUGAAUAUAAAUCAAUUGCUACAAGAUUUUAAAAUAAAGAUGACAACUCUCCUCACA